UUCAAGUCCUGGUGCUCCUGUCGAUGACAAGGCGCCUACGGUGACUUCGUAAAUCUCAAGAUUAUAUGUUUGGGUGAGUGUAUGCGCAUAUGUAUGAGCGCUUGCAUCUGUACUGUGUUUAAAAAAAAGUUCACGUUCCGCCACAAAAUUCUGGAAGGAAACUUGUCUAAAAAAGGAGAAGAAAUAAUCUUACAAAGAGUUUCCUUGAUUUAUAUGGAAAGAUACUAAAUCUUUCCAAUUUUCUGCACCGGAUCUCCCUUCUCUCGAUCCCCUAUAUAUACAAACACACGAGUCAUGUACAUGUUCACACCAAGCAAUCGGUCGAUAUCUUUUCUCAUCGAUCGAUGGCCAUCACCAUUGACAAGUACACCAUCCGCAUCCUUGUGCUGGCCCUGCUGUCUAUACACCUCUUGUCCUCUGCCACCGUCGCACACUGCGGAACCAUCACGGUCGGUGCGGAUGACGAGAAGAUCGAUCUGCCGAACGGGCUGUGCGGCAAGGAGAAGCUGUGCAGAGAGACACACUGCUACUGCUGCCUGUUAAACGACCGCUGUUACAGAACUAUGGAUGUGUGCAAGAGUCACUGCGACAACCCGCCAUCGUCUUCACAAGACAUGCUAGCGGCGGUGGCGGCGACGGCCACAGCGACAACCCCUGCUCCUUUACCCCCUGCGUAGUCAAAUUAAUUGGCUCACGUAUUUAUUUUGUCCCAAGACAUGUGUGAUGAUGCUUGACGUGCGAAAAAACAACAACUUUGCAAUAAUUAAGAGCUAGCUUGAUAGCCCAGUUA